AGGCGGAGGUCGAAGUUAACGACUCCUUGAUGCGUUUUUUCGACCACUGCGCCAAGUUCGUGGCCUUGGUGGAGGAGAACGACGCAGCCAUGUGCCAGGUGAACGCCUUCAAAGAAGGGCCGGAGAUGAGGAAGGUCUUGGAGAAGGUCGCGAGCGCCUUGUGCCUGCCGGCGGAGGAGCUGAGCGCAGAUCUCGUUCAAGUGGCUUUUCUCACGUGCUCGUAUGAGUUGGCUAUAAAGAACGUGACCUCUCCGUGGUGUUCACUCUUCAGCGAAGAAGAUGCCAAGGUACUGGAAUACCUGAACGACCUGAAGCAAUACUGGAAGAGAGGAUAUGGCUAUGACAUCAACAGUCGCUCCAGCUGCAUUUUAUUCCAGGAUAUUUUCCAGCAUUUGGACAAAGCAGUGAAAGAGAGCAAAAGUUCGAAACCCAUUUCCUCACCUUUGAUUGUACAAGUCGGACACGCGGAGACGCUCCAGCCCCUGCUUGCCCUGAUGGGCUUCUUCAAAGACGACGAGCCCCUCCAAGCCAACAACUACGUCAGGCAAACGGCUCGGAAGUUUCGCAGCGGCCGGAUCGUGCCCUACGCAGCCAACCUGGUGUUUGUGCUUUACCACUGUGACCACGUGAAGACCUCCCAAGAGGAGUAUCAAGUGCAGGUGCUGUUGAAUGAAAGACUGAUGGCGUUUCAUCACUCCAACGACACCAUCUCUACUUACGCCGACCUCAAGGACUACUACAAGGACAUCCUGGAAAACUGCCACUUCAAGGAAGAGUGCGAGUUGCCAAAAGCCAACGCCACUGCCGUUGACGAACUUUGA